AUGUCCACGAUCGCUUCGCCUCGCGACCCGUCCGGGGGAGGCUACCCGCGACGCGCCAACUCAUCCAUCGCCACGCCCACCUCCUCCUCCCGGCCGAGCCUCGACAUGCCCGCCUCCGCCUCAGGCUCUCCCUCCACCGCCGCCGCCGUCCCGUCGCAAUCCAAACGCGCCAACCGAGCCGCCCUGCGCGAGUACUACAACCUGCGCAGCCCCCCCACCUCCUCCGCCAGCAACAACAACAACAGCAACAACGGCAGACCGCUGCCCUCCCCACCAAUCCUCUCCGUAACAGACCACUUCACCACCACCUCCACCAGCAACCCACCACCUUCUACAUCAACAACAGCAACAGACCCGGCCCUGCCCGCGGAACUCGACACGCCGACGUUCCACGCGCCCUCGUACGUCGCGCAGCUGCUCGCGACCAGCAGCCUGGCCGAGCUGCUGCGCGCGUACGCGCGCGUGGCCGCCGAGAUCCGCGCGCUCGACGCCGAGCGCAAGGCGCUGGUGUACGACAACUACAGCAAGCUGAUCGCGGCCACCGAGACGAUCCGGCGCAUGAGG